CUAGAUUAGAAACGUGUCUGAGCUGAUCGCCAUGGCGGGGUGCGACCGCGAGCCGAGCCCUGACGCAGGUUUGAAACAGCACACCGACAAGUGCAGUCCCAACUCAAGCUGUCAAUGCCAGCCUAGCGCUGCGGAGACACGCGAGUUCCGCAAGCGGUGGCUGCUCCUGACGGACCGCGAACGUGUUGCAGCGCUUCGAGGAGACGUGAACCAGCUCUUGCAGACAGCCACCGACUUGCUGCCGUGUCCAGGCUGUCGGAACAGCGCAGAGGCGCUGUACUACAAGCUGGUGGACGGCAUUGUCCGUGUCCCACAGGUCGUCAGUCGGUCAGGCUUGUGCUUCGACAAGGACAGCCACUUCCGUCUGAAUGAGUCUUAUCUGAACAGCCCUGACACGUCGUUCUCACUGUUUUAUCACCAAGAGCGAUGGGCCAACUCGGCGCUAGCUAAACCGACCAAGCCUAACAGCAAAGCGGGAACGUCGCGUGCAAGGUGUCAGCUCCACUCUCAGCGAGUGCGAGGUCGUCCACGUCCUGCUGCGUUCGAAGCGCUGUGGCAUAAACUCCCAGAAGACCAUCAGCGACAUCUCUCUCACAUUGAUUCGGACCAGUUCUUGACCGACCUGGAGGGUUAUCUACGUCGUCAUCGCUUUUGUUGUCGAUGCAAGGAGAAGGUUUUAGAAGCGUAUGAUCUGCUUAUCGGAUCGAGUUGUAGCGAGGACGACUGCGAGGAUUGCGGAGGCUUCGAGUGCUCGGAAAAACACCACGAACACAGCGAUUAUGGCGACGAUCUGCACUACACGUCGUAUUUGUUCGACGAGCUCGCGUUCUCGCGCGCCACCAACCAGAUUAUUGUGCCUUGCAAUAUUGAGUUUAUGUCGCAGUUGAUGUCGCGAGCAGACCAGGAGGUUGUCGGCGACUGGGGCGAUCGUCACGCACGAACAAUUGCAGAGGCACAGGACGAAGUUCUAAUAUGCUUGGGCAUGGUAAUUUGGGACAAGAUGCAGAACUUGUGGACCAAAUCUCGGUCAGAAAAGCGCGCGGAGGAGUUGUUGGUGCAUUGCGCCGUGUCUACACUACGUCGCAACUUCGAUGAGGCAGUGGAGGCGCUGCAUGGCGAGGAGAUGAUGGAGCAACUGCUGGCAGAAGAAGAUGACGAAUCGCGGAGACUAGCGAAGAAGAAAGAGAAGCGGAAGGAGAAGAAGAAGAAACGCAAAACUGCAUCGAAACAGAAACAAGUGGAUCGAUCUGAAUCCGACAAAAGUCAACAGGCCGAGAAGCAAAAGCCCAAGCAGACCAAGUCGCGUAAACAGUCGGACAGCAGCAAGACUGUAGCUUCUCAAUCCUCGACCAACUCUAUCAGUAGCCAAGGGGACGACGACGAUCUCACAAUUUCCAGUAGUAGAUCUUUGGAUCUCAUGGGACCGCAUCAGUGCGACUCGACAUGUGACGAGCCUUGUCUACGUGCGAAUUUGACGUGUGACGAGCGCAGGGAGUGGCAACUGCUGUCGUCUAUGGGGUGGGAUGCGUCUAACCAAUUCACGUCUUCAUUUCCCGAGCUGGAUGUGGACACAGACGACGAGAAUCACGGCAUUCCUGAAGACGAAAUCCAAUUCUGGAAGCAGAAUCGUUCAAGUCUCGUGCGACGACGCAUGGCCCAACGUCAGAAGUUGCAGGAGCGCUUCGACCAAUUUGUAUUGCGCACGACCUCGCUGGAUGCGUAG